CCCUUGUCCUCUGGCCUUUUGCAAAUAAAAGCUUUGUAGGACCUGUCUGGCCAUCCCACUCGGAGCUGCCUCGCCAGAGAUGUAUGCCGGCCAGUGGCUUACGUUUGCAAUAUGCAUCUUAGAAAUAAGCAUCCUGAAAGCUGGGCCCACUCCUAGUUCUGCCCCAGAGCCAACGCAAAAAAAUGGCACUCCAUUGCCCAUAGACUGCAUAAUGAGCCCCUGGAGUGAAUGGUCGGAAUGUGAUCCUUGCCUCAAACAAAUGUUUCGCUCACGAACUAUUGAGGUCUUUGGACAAUUUAAUGGGCAAAAAUGCCUGGAUGCUGUGGGAGACAGACGACUGUGUGAGCCCACCCAGGCCUGUGAAGAUGCUGAGGAUGACUGUGGAAAUGACUUUAAAUGUGGUACAGGCAGAUGCAUAAAGAGGCGGCUUCUGUGUAAUGGUGACAAUGACUGUGGAGACUUUUCAGAUGAAGACGACUGUGAAAGUGAUCCUCGGCCCCCCUGCCGAGAAAGAGUAGUCGAGGAGUCCGAGCUGGCACGGACAGCAGGCUAUGGGAUCAACAUCCUAGGGAUGGAUCCCCUGAGCACGCCUUUUGACAACGAGUACUACAACGGACUCUGUGAACGAGUUCGGGAUGGAAACACCUUGACCUACUACCGCAAACCCUGGAACGUGGCUUCUCUGGCCUAUGAAACCAAAGCUGAUAAAAAUUUCAGAAUUGAACACUAUGAAGAGCAGGUGCAAGCAUUCAAAAGUAUUAUGCAAGAGACUAUAUCAACUUUUAAUGCAGACUUAACUCUUAAAUUCACACCUAUUGAAGCAAUUGAGCAGCUUAAAAGUAAACCUCAAGAACCUUCUACUGGAAAAGAGUCCCCAAAUCAAGAAAAUUCUGAGGCCAAGUUUCGAUUUACAUAUUCCAAAAAUGAAGUUUACCAACAGUUCUUGUCACAUUCUUCCAAGAAGGAAAAAUUGUUUCUACUUGUGAAAGGAGUAAUCCAUCUGGGAAGAUUUGUGAUGAGAAGUCGGGAUGUCAUGCUGACAACAACUUUCUUGGGUGAUAUAAAAGCUCUGCCAACUACCUAUGAAAAAGGAGAAUAUUUUGCAUUUUUGGAAACUUAUGGAACCCACUAUGGUAGCUCUGGGUCUCUAGGAGGAUUCUAUGAACUAAUAUAUGUUUUAGAUAAAGCUUCCAUGGAAGAGAAAGGUGUUGAAAUAAGGGAUGUACAAAAAUGCCUCGGGUUUAAUCUGGACUUAUCUCUGAAUGUUGGAGCUGAAAUCACAGGAAAUAUUAAAAAAGAUGAUUGCAUAAAGAGGGGUGAGGGUAAUACUGUAAACAUCUUGAGUGAUGACCUCAUAGAUGAUGUUAUUUCACUCAUCAGAGGAGGAACCGGAAAAUAUGCAUUUGAGCUGAAAGAGAAGCUUCUCAAAGGAGCCAAGGCGGUUGAUGUAGCUGACUUCGUAAAUUGGGCUUCCUCCUUGAAUGAUGCUCCAGUGCAAAUAAGUCAAAAACUGUCCCCCAUUUAUAACCUGGUUCCGGUGAAAAUAAAAGAUGCGCACCAAAAGAAACAAAAUCUGGAAAGAGCCAUUGAAGAUUAUAUCAAUGAAUUCAGUGUAAGAAAAUGCCACCCCUGCCAAAAUGGAGGUACUGUGAUCCUCCUGGAUGGAGAAUGUUUGUGUUCCUGUCCAAACAAAUUUAUAGGAACUGCCUGUGAAAUCAGUAAACAAAAAUUUUCUUAAGGUAAUCAUCUGAAAUCUUAUUACUUUGUUUUGACAAAGAAGAGCAACUGAAGCUGUGUUUCUAGUACCAAGAGGAUCUGCUUAGUCUUUCAUUCUGGUAGAACUAAUUAGAAUCCUAACAGAUAAGUGAGAUUUUAGCCCAGGUGUUAAUCCUCACAAGUUAGCUAGGAUGACUAACUUCCUAUGUCAGUCAUAGCUUUAACUUUUAAUUGAAAAAACAGGUUUUUGUAACAGAAAUUUCUAAAAAAAAAGCAUGUACUUUCCUAAACAAAGAUUCAUAGGCUCCAUUUUAUCAUUCAACCAUACUUUCAGCUCUAACAAUAAACUUUGUAUUAUUA